GACUUCAGAGCCCUUCAGAAACAUGGCCCCGGAGCGUUGUCCCGGAAGCGGUCACGGGUCUCUGCGUGACGCUGACCGAGUGAGAGCGUCCCGCGGUGUUUCUAUGGUGCCGCCCGCAACCCCCAGGCUCUCCGCUUCCUUUCCCGCCUGAACGCCGGGAGCUGCGAGGCCGCCGGCGGACCCCACCCGCGAAGCGGCCGGGCGCCCGGGGGGAAAGGGUUUGGCCAGGAGGUGGCGCUCUGGGCGGCCCCGCCCGCGUCUCGAUGGUGCCCGGCGCUCCAGCGCCCCGUCCCGACUCCUCCGGGCGGACGCGGCCCCUUUAACCGGCCGUGGGCGGGGCCGAGGAGUUCCCGCGAGAGCGGUGGGGGGCCGGGGGGCGGCGCCGAGGCCGGGGGGCCCGUGGCGGAUGGAGCCCGCGAUGGAGCCGGAGACGCUGGAGGCGCGAAUCAACAGAGCCACAAAUCCCCUGAACAAGGAGCUGAACUGGGCCAGCAUCAACGCUUUCUGCGAACAGCUCAACGAAGACUUUGAGGGGCCUUCACUCGCCACCCGCUUGCUGGCCCACAAGAUCCAGUCCCCGCAGGAGUGGGAGGCCAUCCAGGCCUUGACGGUUCUGGAAGCAUGCAUGAAGAGCUGCGGCAAGCGGUUCCACGAUGAGGUGGGCAAGUUCCGCUUCCUGAACGAGCUCAUCAAGGUCGUGUCUCCCAAGUACUUGGGCUCCCGGACGUCAGAGAAGGUGAAGAAUAAGAUCUUGGAGCUGCUGUACAGCUGGACGGUCGGCCUGCCUGAGGAGGUGAAGAUUUCAGAAGCCUACCAGAUGCUGAAGAAGCAGGGGAUUGUGAAGUCUGACCCCAAGCUUCCAGAAGAUGCCAUCUUCUCCCUCCCGCCUCCACGGCCCAAGAAUGUGAUCUUUGAAGAUGAGGAGAAGUCCAAGAUGCUGGCCCGCCUGCUGAAAAGCUCACACCCAGAGGACCUCCGGGCUGCCAACAAGCUCAUCAAGGAGAUGGUGCAGGAGGACCAGAAGCGGAUGGAGAAGAUCUCAAAGCGGGUGAAUGCCAUCGGGGAGGUGAACAACAGCGUGAAGCUGCUGACAGAGAUGGUGAUGAGCCACAGCCAGGGAGCCACCGCCAGCAGCAGUGAGGACCUCAUGAAGGAACUGUACCAGCGCUGUGAGCGCAUGCGGCCCACACUCUUCCGAUUGGCCAGUGACACAGAAGACAAUGACGAGGCUUUAGCUGAGAUCCUGCAGGCUAACGACAAUCUCACCCAGGUGAUCAACCUGUACAAGCAGCUGGUCCGGGGUGAGGAGGUCAAUGGCGACGCCACAGCCAGCUCCAUUCCUGGGAGUACCUCAGCCCUGCUGGACCUCUCAGGCCUGGACCUCCCUCCCUCGGGCACCACAUACCCAGCCACGCCCACCCACCCUGGCAACCAGAGCAGUCCAGAGCAGCCCAGUGCCUCGGUGUCCCUGCUGGAUGACGAGCUCAUGUCUCUGGGCCUAAGUGACCCCACACCACCUUGCCCCAGCUCCGACAGUGUGGGAUGGAACAGCUUCCAGGUGACUUGGGGGUCCCCUGAGCAUGCAGCUCCAGCCAGGCCCAGUGUUCCGCCUCACGACCAAGUGUCCUCAGAUGGCGCUGAACCCUCGGUCCCCCCUCCAGCCCAGGCCCCCAGCGUGGACUGCCGACCCCCAGCACAGGCACCCCCACCAACCAGCAGCGGCCUGGACGACCUGGACCUCUUGGGGAAGACCCUCCUGCAACAGGCACUGCCCCCGGAAGCCCAGCAAGUGCGGUGGGAGAAGCAGCAGCCAGCCCCCCGGCUCACUCUCCGUGACCUGCAGAGUAAGGGCAGCUGCAGCUCGCCCAGUCCAGGAGCCACCAGCCUCCUCCACAACACGUCCCCAGAGCCCCCUGGGCCUCCACCACAGCCAGCACCCACCGAGCUCUCCUUAGCCAACAUCACUGUGCCCCUGGAGUCCAUCAAACCCAGCAGCAUCCUGCCGGUGACAGUUUAUGACCAGCAUGGCUUCCGCGUCCUCUUCCACUUUGCUCGGGACCCACUGCCAGGGCGCUCUGACGUGCUGGUGGUGGUGGUCUCCAUGCUGAGCACUGCCCCCCAGCCCAUCCGCAACAUUGUUUUCCAGUCGGCUGUCCCUAAGGUCAUGAAGGUGAGGCUGCAGCCUCCUUCGGGCACAGAGCUACCGGCAUUUAACCCCAUCGUCCACCCCUCAGCCAUCACCCAGGUCCUGCUCCUUGCUAACCCCCAGAAGGAGAAGGUUCGCCUUCGCUACAAGCUCAUCUUCACCAUGGGCGACCAGACCUACAACGAGAUGGGAGAUGUGGAUCAGUUCCCCCCUCCAGAAACCUGGGGGAGCCUCUAGGACAGGGGGGCUGGAGAGAGGAGGGCAACAGGACCCAGUCCUGCUCAGCCUGGGCUUCUCUCCUUCCUGUGACCCCCAGUGACUUCCCUCUCCCUAGGCCUCUUCUCCUGCUGAGCCAAACCCGGCAGGAGGCUGGGCCUGGGUUUGCCAUAGCUGCUGGGAUCCCCGUCACCAGUGGGAGCCUGGAACAGGGAGGGGCUGUGUGCCCUGGAAAGACUCUCGGGAGUGAGGGAAGAAGCAUGGCUGUUAGGCCCAGCUCUGACCCCAGCCUGAGGUGGGGUCUUCCCCACCUGUCUUUUAUGCCUUACGGAAAGGCCCAGCCAUAACUUGGAGGCCAUGCUGGAGCUGGGACCAGCCCGGGCCUCCUCUGUGGGACCCAGUGACUGGGGUAAUGCCCACGCCCUAGCUGUUUGCACUUGGUGUGUGGUUUGGCUCUUUGCUUUGCUUUUGGAAUGGCCCUGUGGUCACAGAGCUGAAGGAGCUCCACUCAGCUCCUGUCCCUCUGGAGGCCUCCCUCUGCUCUCAGGCCUCCUGCAGGGCCAUGGGAACUUGAAAGCAAAGCCAGAGGACAUGCCCUCCUGGAGGGCCAUGGAACUCCCAGAGUUCCAUGCUUCAUUCAUCAGCUUCUGCUGGGGCCUCCUGUGAGCACCUCACAUCUGCCCACCCGUCUGUGGUCAAAAGUAGGGUCUGUGUGGGUGACAGCGGGAGUAUUUAUGAAAUAAAAUGACCUUUUCCUGGAGCA